AUGGCGCCGUGUCUCAGGCCGAAACUCGCAGCCCUGCGGAGCAUACAGACGCUCCGCCGCUCCUCCUACACUUCGUCUACAUUUCCUCCGCCGCCUCCGGCGGCCUCCGACGGCGAUGGGGACGGCGGCGGGGACAAGGAGGACGGAGCGCCGCCGUCGUACUCUUCCUUGUUCAGCGAGAUCAAAGCUCGCCUCAAGCAGCCGUCGCCUCCUCGACGGAUCCCUCUGUCACCUGCAGAUCCUCCGCCGCCGCUCGGAGCAGUAGCACCUCCCCCGGCGGCCGCCUCGCUCGAGGAGAUUCGGAAGAACCUCUCCGAUUUCCGUCUAGAGAAGAAGCCUCCUCCUACUUCGUCGUCGUCCUCUCCCUUCUCGUUUCAGGACCUCUACAGGAACAAUGUUCUGGACAAGGCGGAGAACGCACCGGCGGGGGCGCCGGAGCGGCCGUCCUUCGAGUCCAUUCGUGAGAGCCUGCGACAGCUCCGCGCGUCGCAGCCGUCUUCGAGCUCGCAGGUGGGUUUCGGCGGCCGGAUUAGGGGAGCGAAUCAGGGAGGAUUGAGCCAUCCUCUGGAUCUCAAGUCCCUCACGGACAGGCUGAACCUGCGCCCCGGAGAAGCGCGCGUGGGAGCGGCGGAGUCGCUCCCGGACUCGAUCUUCGGGCGGGAGCUGCUGGAGAAGAAGGGGGAGGAGGAGGGAGGGAGGGGACCUGCUGCGCGGAAGACGGAGUUCUUGAAGAUGUAUGACUUCGAGGAGCUCGGGGAGAAACUGCGGAGGCUCCGUCCGGAGGAGGUCGGCUCGGGGAAGAAGAAGGGUGGCUGGUUCUCGCUGGAAGAACUGAACGAGAGGCUCGCUAAGCUGCGGGAGCUGGAGGAGAAGGAGACGGAGUACAGCAUCGGUGGGGUGUCCUUCAAAGAUCUGAGAGAGAGCUUGGUGAAGCUGCGCGAUGCAGAUAACAAGAAGACUUCGAGUUACGCCUCUCUUCACAUAUCUUUUUCUUUCUUCUUCUUUUACUACUACUACUACCCUUCGUGCCAUCAUUUUCUGUGUUGAAAAUUUCUGAUGAUCGCCAAUCUGGUCUCGCGUGGAACAGUGAACAAGUUCUCCAUUCUCGCCAACUUGGGGGGGCAAGUCACUCCACUAUACAUGCUCAACCCCCCAAAGGAAAAUCUUGUAGAGAAGGCAAGAUUUCUAAACCCCUUUCCUAGUUUCAUUCUCAGUUGAAGGCAGCAGGCGAUUCAGUAGGCAUUGAUUCACAGCUUCGAGCUCCCUCUUUUGAUCAUUACCCUAACGUUCUCGGAUUUGUCAACCCCGCAGUAUUUCCAUCCAGAUCACCUGUCUGCAGCGGAGAAGCUUAAACUGGAGCUCAACAAGGUCAGAGACGAGUUCAAGAUGUCGGAGUCGGACUGUGGAUCCACACGUGUCCAAGGUAUAUUAGCUUUCUUUCAUCACCCAUCUUCUUUCUUGUCCACCGAAGUUGAAUCCUGCCCCGGAUUCGAUUACUUUGGUAUCCUUCUGCAAGUCAACGCCUGCUGCUCUUCCUAACGUUCAAGGUCUGCCCUCGUUUUGCAGUGGCCCAGCUGACAACCAGGAUCAGAUAUUUGGAGCCCAUUUUGUACACGAAAAAGAAGGUAUUCAUUGAACUUUCUAACGCACCCGUCGGUUGGCCCGUCGUCACCGAAGACUGCAUGGUCCAAUUCUUCAUAGGGCAAAAAGGAAAGUAUGUGACGUUGUUGGUGAUACAGGGGAAGGGCCUGAAGGGACCGGACAAGCAUUCGAUCAAGGGGCUGAUAGCGAUGGUGAAGAAGAGGAACAGGCUGCUUAAGUAUCUCCGGAGGACAGACUGGGAAUCGUACUGCAUGGUGCUGUCCAAGCUCAACAUCAGGGACAUAGAGAAGAAGGAGACCAAGGGGGGCAAGGGAUCCGAGGAGAAGAAGCGAGGGAAGAAGGGAAAGGGGAAGCACUCGAAGAAGGCAAACUAUGCCACUUGA